AUGGACCCUCCAAAGCCGUUCCCAAUACUCCGUCUACCGUUUCUAGCUAUUGAAGAAGUAUUCAAAGCGAUGCACCCAAUCGAAAUAAUAAACUUCUCAAUGAUCACUAAACGGACAAAAGCAGUAACAGAAAAGAUGGCGUUCUAUUCGAAAUAUACUAUCCGCUUUUAUGUAUUUAAAACGUUGGGAAUAGAAAUUAUUGGAUCAAAUGGUCCGGUAAUAUGUACUUAUGAUGUGACAUCAGAAAGAAGAAAAAUGGAUGGAAAAAUUGUGGAACAUGGAAGUGAUGGUUACAUUAUACGGAGGGUAUAUUGUUAUGCUAGAGAUGCAGUAAAGAGAUGGAAACUGAUGUGUAAAUAUGUAUUGGAAUUAUUCAAGAGGAAAUCAAUCAACAUGUUAUCAAUGACUAUGGAUGAAUUCGUUGAUCACAACGUUUCGAUUAUUGAUUUUAUAAAGACUAAUGAGAUAUUAGUAGACAUAUGCAUGUUAUACCAGACACGUGAAGAGAAGAACGUGGAUGAGCAGUUUGCGUAUUUGCUAGAAAAUCUAACAGUUAAUGCCGAGUUAUCUUCUUUUUUAAACAUUAAGGACAAGAACUUUAAUGGGAAAAUUCCAAAACACCUGCAGAAUUUAUAUAUAAAUUGCUCGAAAUGGAUUGGAUAUGAGAAACUGCUGGAGAUAGAUAGUAAGCAUGUGACACUAGAAAAUGAUGAAAUUUCAAAUAAAGAAUGGAAUUUAUUCCUCAAGAAAUGGAUAGCAAUGGAAACAAAUCAGAAUCUGAAAUACUUGCAACUCAGUCACAAAGAAUUGGGGACAUUCAGAGAUCAUGUGUUGCAUGAUAUACCAUAUGAAGUGAUUAGUGAAGAAGUUUCCAGAAUUGUGCCAUGCCGCUACAAUCAGACACAAAAGAUAAGCGGAGGGAUCGAUAUUCGACGUAUCGACGGGAAGACUGCCACAUUCUUCGUGUGUCAAUCCCACGAAAAGAUCUUUCUGGGUUAUUGGUCGGUGUUUAACAAGAUCAAGACCAUCUGUCUAUAUUUGUGCAUCUCACGUAGUGUUACCAUUACUUGUCGACCAGUUGUUCUUAUUGUUUAUUUCCUCCUCCUUCCAUCGCCUAUUGCCCCUCAUUCCCACGCAUUCAUUGUCUCCCUCGUUGUCCCUUCUCGUCUAUCGAUUUGCCCCUCCAAAAUGGACCCUCCGAAACCGUUCCCAAUCCUCCGUCUACCGUUUCUAGCUAUUCAAGAAGUAUUCAAAGCGAUGGAUCCGAUCGAAACAAUCAACUUCUCGAUGAUCAAUAAACGGACCAAAAAAAUUGUAAAGCAGACGACUUUCUAUUCGAGAUAUGCGAUAGAGCUUUAUAUAGACAAUAAACUGCAAAUCAGACUCCAUAGAACAAAGGAUGUGGUCUCAUAUGUCAUGACAUCAGAUGAAAAAAUGGAUGGAAAGAUUGAGAAGAUUGAAUGGGGUCGAGAAAUUUUACGGAAGGUAUACAAGUAUUCAAAGUAUCCGGUGGAUGAAUGGAAACAGUUGUGUAAACAUGUAUUGGAUAUAUUCAAGAAACAGACAAUCGACUAUUUAUCAAUGACAAUGGAUGCAUUUCCAGGACAAAACAUUUCGAUUAUUGAUUUUUUGAGAAAAAAUGUGAAAUCAGUGGACAAAUGCAGUCUUGAUCAGAGGGAUAAAGAGAUCAAUGUAGAAAAGCAUACCGCUUAUCUCCUCGAUAAUAUAAAAAUUGAUUCUGAGUUAUCUUUUGAUGUAUACAUUAACAACGACAAUUUCAAUGGGAAAAUUCCAAAAGAUCUGAAGGAAUUAAAUAUCAGCAACUCGCAAUGGUUUGGAUUUGAGAGACUGUUGGAAAUAGAUUGUAAAAGCUUGUACCUGGAAUAUGAUUGGAUCUCGAAUGAACAAUUGAAUUCGUUCUUUAAGAAAUGGAUAGCAAUGGAAACAAAUCAAAAUCUGGAAUACGUGGAACUUGAUAACAGAAAACUAGAUAGAUUCAGAGAUCGUGUGUUGCAUGAUAUUCCACAUGAAGCACUUUCUAACUAA